AUGGAACGAGAUCAAUUCAGCAUUUCUGGCAAUUCUCACUUUUAUUUUGUUGGAAUUAGUUUGGCCGUGUUCAAAAUCUUCACAAACGUUGUGAAUGUGAGUGAGGCAUUCAGCCUCCAUUUUCGUGUAGGUGAGGUUUUUUUUUUGCAUUGUUCUUUUUAACAGAGGCUUCAGUAAUAGAAUAAUUGUUGGAAAAAGCUCUAGUGGCCACUUAAGAGGUUCCUCCAGGACUACUUGGAGAAGACUCUGAGCUCACCUCUAUAGAAACCACUAUUUUGGAUCUUAGUGGUCCCUAUAGUAGUUUUUAGGACUCUAGUAGUUUCAUUCAGAUUUCUAAAGUGGCCACUAAAUAUUUUCCUAGUGUUUCGACAACUUUUUGUGUAUCAAAAAAUCCUUUCUGCAGAUUUCUCCACAAUUUUGAUGUUUCUGAUGCUUCUGGCCGUUCCUUUCUCAGUUUGGAACCCCGCCAUCUGGUUUUCGAUAUUUUCCACGGCUUUGGCGGUCAUGUUCUAUGCGAAUAGUACGUUUAUACUUUUAUGUGUUGUUUUCCAAAUAUAUUUUCCAUUUCUAUUGCCUCAACUGACACUAAUCUUCAGAGGACAAAAAAAUAAUACUUAAUAUUGUUAUGAAGGUUCAAAAAAACUUCAAGGAUUAGGGAGAAAAAAGGUUCAAAUGGGAAAACAUGAUAACGAAAAGUUUAAAAAUAACGGUCUUCGACUGAAAUUAACUAUGUUUUAGUGUUGUUUUAUUUUAAUGAAGCGGUUUUUAUUUUAAAUAUCAUGGUUACACUGCGUUCAAAAAUGAAGUCUCCAACGACUUUUUUUGUUAUAGUUUUCGAUGUCUACCCGCGCAAGUAGGUUAGGGUCAGACGCGCUUCGAAAAAAACCUCAUUUUAAAUGCUACGUCGAGCCAUUCCAAAUGCGACUUCAUCAAUUAAGUUGAAGCGAAGAAAAAAAUGAAUCUAAUAUUACCAAUAGGUUGAAAAUGAAAGUUAUAAUUUAACAAUUUUUAAGAUUUCACUUUACUGAAAGAAAUUUUUUUGAAAAAUUGCAAUAGAAAAAUUAAUGUCUCUCGGUUCGAAGUUGUUAUUUUUUUCAAUUCUGUGUGUUUCUCUCUAAUCUUUUCAAAACUCAAUGUACACAUAAAUUAUGUAAAUUGGCAAUAUCGCAAAAGUCCUGCUUUUUAGCCGUGUUUGUCUUGCUUUCGCCUUGGAGCGAUAUCGCAUUUUUUCCGACGCGAUUUCGAACUUUAUAAGUUUUCAAAUUUUUCUUUGGAUGCGUGAGAAAAGCGAAAAAAAAAACUCAUCAUCGAGUCGAAAAAAAUGCGAGUCCGGCGCGGCGACAACGCGGUUAGUUUGCGAUGUCGCCAAUGUACUGCAGCCGGACUAGACUUUCAUCUUUAAUGUAUAUAUUUUUUCAGAUUACCCCAACGUUUCGCUAUUCACCUUGAUCGUUAUGUUCCUCACCCUUUACGGACACGAAUAUGUCCAGUGGCGAAUUUGCCAACAAAGACGAGUCUAUGAAGAGGAACGAGCCCCGAUCUUCACAGUCCGAUCAGAUGGAAAAUUGAAAAGCGUCGAGUAUAUUUGA